GGGUUGAGAAUGUUAUUUCUCUUUUCAAAGCAAAACGUUAACGAGCUAUUAUAGUGUCAUUUGCAUAUAAGCUUAAAAUAGCUUGGUGCCCUGGGGGUUUAAAUCGUUUCAUUCUCUUAUCAGAUGCUAAUUAAAUACAGAACGUUUUAGUUUCUCAUAUUGGUGAAAUACGGUAUGCCACGUACCGGUAACGAAAUAGGCGCAACACGGGCGUCGAGUUCAGCAUAUUAUAUUGACUAUUGAGUCUGACUAGUCUAGUCUGAGUGAAUCUGUAAACUCAAGUAGUAGUCAUUUUAGUAGGGACCCUACAAAAUCACAAUUCAGAUGAACUCAUUUGAACAGUUUAGACUCAAUAGUUAGACUAUACUAACAGAGUGUGACGCCUUGGCCUUGUCUAAUUCAUAAAUGUGUAGUAGUGUAUCCCAACUGUGGUAGUGUUGAACUGUUGAAGAUUAAAUUAUUCUUCUAAAUCUGAAAAUUCUAGGUAAAUUGUAUUUUCAAUAUUUUUAGGCCACUUAAUUUUAAUCUCCAGUCCCUAUUCUUAGGGGGCCAUCCAUAAUUGAUGUCAUUCAUCUAAAAGGGGGGGGGGGGUGGUCUUAAGCAGGCAGUGUGAUGUCUCAUGAAUGCUGAAUAUUUUGGUAAAGUAUUGGACUUAAUAAUAUUAAAUUACAGAAAUUUUUAACAUUAUUCUUAGAUACAACAAUAAUAAUAAUUUUAUUUUUAAUCUAUGAUCACUGAGAGAUACAGGUAUGCGAGGUCCGAAAAAUGGCCCCUGAUAAAGUUGCAGGCCGCCACCAAGGAGAAGCAAAUGGGUGUAACUACAAUGACAGUGGAGAGAAUUUAUGCCCAAAUGUGGAGACGGGAGUAAUAGAAUUAGGACUACCACAUGAAGUGGGAUGGUAUGAAAAAAAAAAAAAGUGGGGGGGGGGGGGGGGGGGGGGUUAGGGAUCUUAUACUCUAGGGCAGGGAUUCUUAACCUUUUGGCAGUGCUUCAGGCAGGCCCACUCCGUUUUAAAGAACUCCCCCCACCCUCCAAAAAAAGUAUAAAUUAUAUUGAAAUACAAAUUAAAAUGUGAAAAUAAUUUUAAUUUAAUUAUCAUAGUUUUAUUUCUUUAAUUAACUUCAUAAAACUUUUUUUUUUUUUUAAAGCAGUAGCAACUAGCAAUGACAGCAAAUACAAUUUUAUGGUCUUCCGCACCUCUGGGCUGGGGAUGUACUCUUACCUCUGGUUAAGAACCACUGUUCUAGUGAAAUGUUCCUGAAACAGGUGCAGCAAUUUGAUAUCCAUGAGAAGUGAAUAUCAUAAGGGUUUGUAAAGGACAGUAGUGGACACAGGAAAUUUUUAGGGGGGGAGGUGGGGGUUGCAGAGAUUUGUGACAUUAUAUUUUAUGGGGGGGGGAGGUUUAACUUUUUGUGACAAUGGGGCGAGGGGGGUAAAAAAUCAGCAAAUUUUGCGUGACAUCAUUUAUAGAUGGCCCCUUAUGUUGCUUUUGUAUUCAGUUAUUCUCCUAUACUUUACAUCCUUAACCUGUGAAGAUGAUCAAGGCAAUAUUUGACUUGAUUGCAGCUGUAAUUUAAUUUCAAAUUAAGGGUUGCUCAAUUCAUCAGCCUCACUCUUUUGUUUUUGCCUAUUUGAUGCAAUAGCAAGUCUUUGUCAAGACGACUGGAAGUAGACAAGGAAGCAGUAGAUGACAGCAGUGGUUUUUGUGUGUUUCAGUAGUAGGCCCAUUAUUAAUAUAAUAUAUAUAAAUAUAAUUAUGGGCCUUUUGUCAUAUUUAUAUUACUCAUAGCCAGGGUAUUUUUAAAUAGUUUAAAUCUAGUGCUGGAUUGAAAUUAAGACCUAAGAAGGCCCUAGUGGACAGUUGAAAUUUUGCCUCCAUCCACACAAUGGCAUACUUAGGCCCACUUAGGAGUGCAAAGGAGUUGACCACCCAUGGCUGCUCUGUAUAGGCCUAACAUUAUAUAAAUCUAUUUGUGAAUUGUCUUUUUUAGAGGACACACUUUUAAGAGUUGGCAGCAGGCAUACGUCAUGGCUUCCGCCAUAAAAAAAUCCAUAAUCAUAUUCUUAACUUUGUGUUUAAGUGUCUAAUCAACAUUUUGUUUGAUAUUUUCUUGUAUUAAGUUGUACGCAUGGGAUUUUUGUUUUGCAUCAGUUUUAGGCCACUGUGAUGUAUCAUUCAUACAUAAAGUAUUUGAACGUGAUAAACUGUAGACUAGUGUAGAUGAUAAUCGUACUGUUCUAUUUAAACACACAUAUGUACAUACAUGCUCCCCAUAAUUCUUUAACUUGUUAUUUUGAUGUAUGGGGAUGUCCAUCACUACUAGACAUUACACCAUUACAAACAGGGCUUUGGAGCAGACAUUUUUUGGCAGAGCUCCACUCUGGACAAAUUUGUGUCAGCUCUGCUUCCAUUUCCAAUGAAGGGGUGGUAUAUUGAUUAAAGAAAUAUGUUUAUUAUUGUCACUUAACCAUGUUAUUAACUAGGCUUUACAAAUGCAUGUACCAGCAACAUAGCUGGUAGAAGAGUGGAGCUUGGAACAUUAAGACAUUUUUCCAGCCCUGGGCAAAAAGACCCUGCUCCUCUCCAAAUCCCUUGUUAUCAGUCAUCUAUUCCAAAGUAACAACAGUAAAAAAAAAAACUGUACAGGUACAAGAAAUGCUAAACUAAGAAGGCAAACCAUCUGUAAGAUCUUAUUCUGGAUCACUUAUUAAAAUAUACUUUUUAUGAUGCCCAUUUUAAUGGCUAAAUCAUUUACUUUCUUUGUUCUUGCCAUGCUAUAAGCUUCAUAAGCAAAUUUUUUUUUUCACUUUCCAAGAGCCAUAUUUACCCAUAGUUCAUGGUUAAAUGUUAUACAUUAUGCAUAUCCCAUACACAGGUAAAAGCUUUAGUAGCCAUACUUUAGAGAAGAUGCAUUGAUUUUUUAAAAAUGUUUAGAAGUUUUCCAUAUUCAUGUUCUUUUUAAUAGAAUAUUUGAUUACCGGUACCAUUCAAAAGAAAAAAGAUGUUGGUAGCAGCCUUCUUACUAGUGCAUGUAGCUUUGCUGGAGGCCACCCGUGAAAUCCAAGAUCAUGGUGCACACAAAUUGGCAGAAUCACAUUUUAAGGAUGGUAUUCACAGCUCUGUAUUUGAUCAAGAGGCUUUGUUAGGUAAGUUUUUAAAAAAAUUCUGUUUAUAGAUUCAAUUUCAUCCUGUUUAAAAAAAAUUAUUUUAUCAUCAGCUUGUCUAAAAGUUAAAGUAAACUAUCAUUCCCUCACAGAAAUCUUGGAAAUAAUAAAAUCUGCUAGUCGAAUUAUGAAUAAUUUAUGUAGCACUUUUUAAAUCACUAGGCUCACAUAAACUUGAUGACCUUGCUGAACUUCCCAAAGACGUGCAGAUAAAACGGUUGAGGAAUUUGGCUAAAUCUCAUGAUACCAACAAUAACGAUAUCAUUGAACCUGAAGAACUAAAACAAUGGAUACUUCAAUCUUUUCGGUAGGUAAUGUGUGCUAAUAAGGGUACUAAAUCUACCUAUAUUAUUACCAAGUGGACUGUUGGUAGGCAUCUGUACUAUUAGUUCUAAAUUCUGAAUUAAGGGAAAUCCUUAUUUGUUUAAGUAAGAAGUGUGAUCACAAUAAAGAAAAUUGCGGACAUUUUCAAAGAAAAUGCAAAACUGUAGUUUUUAUAACAGCAUCUGUCAAGUGAAUAGAAUGAGAAUUAGAAACAGACAUUCUAUGUACCUAAUGAAAUAUUGACUGUCUGUAAGUCUAUAAGUAGGCCUAUAAGUUAAUUUCUUUUCAUUCUAGAUGGACAGAACUUCCAUAAUUAUAUAUCAGCUCUACUGUUUUGGAUACCUUGACUUACAAAUGUAUUUCUCAUUAUAUUUUUUUCAAAACAUGUUUUAGAAUGCUUGACAGAGAAGAGGCAAUGGAAAAACUAGAGGAAGAAGAUGAAAAUGGUGACCAAAAAAUCACUUUUGCAGAAAUUCUUCACAAGCAAUACGGUUACUCUGAAGGGGACCUAGAUGAUAUGUUAAAGCAUGAAAUGGAUGAAGAAGAAACAGAUGUUUAUCAGGUGCAAUAGCAAUAUUAAUCAGAAAUAAUGUUUAUUCACUUCUGUACGUGUUGGAUUUGUAACUAAAUGUAAAAUUUAACUAAAUUUUUGCCAUGCCAUAUUUCGCAACCACUCAUUGUAUAGAAAAGCGGUAUAAAAAAUGACAAACACUGUCAUCUUUUAAAUGCUUUUCUUUGAAAUGGAUGAAGCUCAUGACUAUAUUUACAUUAAGAUUUGAGAUCAUAUUAAUGUGCUAAUUAUUCAAAUGGAUAAAGCUCAUGACUAUAUUUACAUUAAGAUUUGAGAUCAUAUUAAUGUGCUAAUUAUUCAAAUGGAUGAAGCUCAUGACUAUAUUUACAUUAAGAUUUAAGAUCAUAUUAAUGUGCUAAUUAUUCAAAUGGAUGAAGCUCAUGACUAUAUUUACAUUAAGAUUUGAGAUCAUAUUAAUGUGCUAAUUAUUCAAAUGGAUAAAGCUCAUGACUAUAUUUACAUUAAGAUUUAAGAUCAUAUUAAUGUGCUAAUUAUUCAAAAAUAAAUUUCAUCAAAACAUGACUUUCCCUUUUCACUUAGCAGAGUUGGUUUCAUUUUUAAUGAGCAUGCAUUAAAUAAUUUUUUAAAAAUCAUAUUCAUUAGGUUGUCACAGAUGAUAAGAAAAGAUUUGUUGCAGCUGAUUUAAACAAAGAUGGCUUCCUGGAUGAAAAUGAAUAUGUGGCUUAUUUCCAGCCUUAUGAUUUUCCUCACAUGUACCAAGUAGAGAUGGAACGUUCUAUGAAAGACAUGGACGAUGAUUCUGAUGGCACAAUUUCAAUGCAGGAGUUUAUCGGAGGUUUUUAAAUCUUUGGCUUUUAUUUAUAAAAAAGUAGUCAUGCGAUUGCAAAAGUAUCAAAUGUUUGUAAAGAUUUAUUUAAAACUAAUUGCAAUAGGUUUAUUUCACAUAAAUAAUUGAAAUUAAUGUAAUUUUAUUUUUAGAUAAUGCUGAUGAAGAGACCAGGUUUUCUGAAAUGACAAAUUUUGAGGAACUUGACAAAGAUAAGGAUGGGAAGUUGACACCAGAUGAGCUGAGACCUUGGGCUCUGCCAGAUAAUGAUGAUGUCGCCAAAGAGGAAGGAGAGCACCUCAUUAACAUGUGUGACAUUGAUAAAGAUGGGCAAUUGUCAAUUGAAGAGAUUGUCACAAAGGAGAAUGAAUUCUUAGGAAGCUCUGCUACAGAUUAUGGGAGAACAUUACACUUUGUUAAAGAUGAACUGUAGUUAAUUUUCUUUUCUUUUUAAAGCAAGAAAAUUUUUAACACUCCCAAAUAUUCCAUUUUUAAUUUAAAUUUAGUUGUUUUUGUAGAUAUGCUGUAACACUUACUUUUCAAAUUCAAAUCAAAAUAAUUCCACUGUUUCCAGACACAAUUUAUACUGUAUAAUAUAUGUACCAACUUGUAGGAUCCAUGGUUAUUUAAAAAAAUAUGUUUCCCUAUAUGUUGUCAGGUAUAUUUUUAAAACUGUAUUUAUCAACACAGACGUAAUCUGAGUUCAAUAUGUAGUGCAAUACUUGGCUUAAAAUGAACAGUUUACCCAUUUGACCCCCAGUACCCAGUUGACCCGAUUACCAUUACUGUCCCCUUUACUUUUACCAUAGUUUAAAUAAAACAAAUAAUUAUAUUAGAACCGAAUGUCCUAUUUAUUUGAUUAGUUUUUAUGACUUAUCCACAUUGAUGCCACUAUGGGUUUAUAAUGAAGUGCAUAUAGUUAAGUUUUUUUCCACAAACCUCUGGAUACAACAACAAUAUCAAAUGAUAUUAUUGUCAAGUUUACUCUUUAAUUUUUAAUAAAUUUAUAUACACAACGGUAACGAUGCUUUUUCAUAAAUUCUGGAAUUAGGUUUUUCGUUAGAAUAUGGAUAUUGAAAGGGUAAUGUUUUACAAGUGCCAUAUCAAAUAUUCAAUAUUGCAAAUAUUUUUCAUUGUUUGCUUUCUCGGUACAUUAAUUAUACUAAUGUCAGCAGUUAAAUAUUUUAGUCUUAAGUUUGUUUAAUUAAGGUAUUUGAAAAUACAGUGGGUCCUUGCAUAACGAACCUAAUCCGUUCUGGAACAGUGUUUAUGAUGCAGGGAGUAUAUUGUGCGGAUCUGGAUUUCCCAUAGGGUCCCAUUGUUUAAUUUGUUCCCAAUGAAAGAACAUUUUUAAAGUUUAAAAAAAGAUUACCAUGCUGGGGAGUCAGAUGAAGACAAGGGAUGGUGGAUGUUACAAUGUUAGGAGGAAAAUAAGUUAGUCUCGGGAUGCACUUCUUUAAAUUUUUCAACUAUGGCAAUAGGGCCCGAAUAUUACAUUUGAAUGAAAUAUUGGAAUAAAGAUGUGAAACACAGGUUAAUUUCUUGAUUCUUAAUACACAUUUUGUCAUGACAAGCAAACAAAUCUUCUUAGUUUAGGCCAUGCACAGUUUAAAACGGAAAACUUAAACAGUACAUAGAAACAACAAUAACUUUAUAGCCUGAAAUUAAUAAGUAUUGAUACCGGUACUUAUCAAUAUACCUGAGCCAGUACCUUUUGAUCAUAGUUUUUGUUAGGACUGCCUGACAAUCCACGAGAAAUUUUAAAAAAUAAACUGCAGUGUAAAAUAGUCCAACCACUUAUCCAAAGAAUUGUGAAGAAAUUAACGCAGCACAAUAUAAAAAUACCAACAAGCACAUGCAAACACACAAGCACACACUCACAACAACACAAAAAACACACAAGAAUGCCAAUGACUCCUGGUCCCCUUCAGAAUUACUCAGGGUAAGCAUAAGAUGCCAUUUGUAAGCUCGCGAUACUAUUUUUUAUGAGCAGGGAGACCACUGGCUUGGUUUGUUAUGCAAGUUCCAUUCAUUACGCAAGAUUUUUGGGUGAAAGUCAGCUUUCCUUACGUGGAUUGUUCAUUAUAUAAUAUCAGGGGCGUUCGUUAUGCGGGGACCCACUGUAUAUAGAAAUGCUCUUCUGUAGUUUAUUGACACACGAGUGAAAUUACUAUGAUUGAUAGCAGUGAUGGCUUCUGUGUUUCUGAAUGCAGUAUAAAAGUUGAGGUUAGGACAAAAGGACUUGCUCUUAUAUUUCAAAUCUUUUGCUCUCAGACAAAUUAAUUUCUCAGGCUUGUCAUAGCUUUUGUCUUAUUGAAAUAGUUAUGCGUCAUUAGAUACUAAUUGUAAUCUGAUCUGGGUUUUUUGUUGUUGUUGCUCAUUGUAAUUGUAAAAAAUGUAAACUUAACAGAAUAAGUAUUACUUAAUAGCAAAAUUAUGUUAUAGAACAAUGGUAAGUGGACCAAGUACUGCAAUUUAAGUUUUUUUUCUUCAUUUUUUAGAAACUUAAAAGUGGUACCAGCCACACUACCUUAAAUUUUAUGAGUAAUAUUUCACUAACUAAUCAAAUCUUUUUAGAUGGAUAAUUUUGGGUACUAUUUGUGAACUAUGUUUGUAGUAGCCUAUAUCAUGCAGACAGUGAUAAGAUAAAAAUGUUUUUAUUCUGAUUGGCAUAUGAUAUGUGAGAAAGACAGAUUGUAAAGAAUUACUGUUUCAUGUCUUAAAAUUAAAAUUUUAUCUACACAAA